AUGGGCUCAAGCAUUUACGAGACAGCUUUAAUUUCGCUUGAGGAAGCGUUAGCUUCAGUUACAACUACAACAAAACUAUUAGCAACCGGUUGCCCUAAUGUCAUCUGUACCGCACUACCAAAUCAUUGGAGGAGUAAUAAGUCGUUACCCACACCAUUCACUGUAUUUGCACUAGGACCUGUACCGGAUGGAACGCUUGUUACCGUAUCGGCUGGAAACGAGGAAAAUUGCUGUGCUGACUUACGGAAUAAUCGAACUCAAAUGAACAGCCAAAUCGCACGUUUCAAUGAUUUACGGUUUGUUGGGAAAAGUGGAAGAGGAAAAAACUUUCAUCUCACAAUUACCAUCAAUACGAAACCGGCUCAGAUAGCGAUCGUUGGCAAGGCAAUUAAGGUUACUGUUGAUGGUCCUCGCGAUUCUCGAACAAAUAAGCGUACUGCAUUGGAUCGGCAUGCGAGCUCGUCAGUUUCCUCAGAUGAUUGUUCGGUAAGUAGUAAAGUGCGUCGUCAUGCCUCUUCCGUGAUUCCACGACCGAUUCCUACUUUAAUACCUUCGCUUCCGGUAUUUUCUCCUCUCUUCCAUCCCUUCCACUUUGUACCGAAUAACCCAAUACCCACUCCAAUAUCAAUGAACUUUCCUGCUCAUCACUUACUGCCUCAUCCCCACUCCCAUCCAUUACAUAAUUCUGUACCCUCAAUCAUGCGACCCGUUGCACCCGCUGUUUCUGGUUUACCUGCUGUUUUGAAUCACACACUCUCACUACCUAUCGAGGAACAGCCUAUCGGAAGUAGAACAAGACAGAAAAUGACUAAAAUAUGGAAACCCUACGAUAUUAAAUCCUGA